AUGGGGUUGAGAGACCUUUUAGGAGUGCGAAGAGGCGAUAAGGGCAAGAAUGAGGCGUCGUCGAGCGGAACGAUGACUCUAGACGAUACCGCGGGGGGUAGUGCGUCGAACGGAGCGCUGAAUGAGAACAUAGAACAACCCAACUUUGGGGCGCCGGCGGAGAACUUCUCGCUACCCGCCUCCCCGAGCGGGUCGUACAACCCGUACAGUGGUUUGGGGGGACCGUUCGAUCCGUCGAUGAGUAAAUCAAUUUAUUCGCUCGCUGAUACCCCGGAGUAUCUGUUCGAUGAGGAAAGAACGAUGAAGACGCGCAGCUGGAGUGAAAACCUGACGUACUUGACCGGGGUUGGAUACCUGAGCGGGAGCAUCGCCGGAGGUGGGUGGGGGCUGUACGGCAGCAUGAAAGCUACACCAGAUCCAACUUUAGAUACUUCAAAGCUUCGGUUGAAUAGAAUGCUCAACGCUGUGAGCCAGAGGGGGCGAUCCAUGGGGAAUACGCUGGGCUGCAUAGGCUUGUAUUACGCUGCACUAGAAAGUGCAUCGAUGGCGUACACGGAAAACAGAUAUGAUUCGCUGUGCUCUGUAUUCGCAGGAGGAGGCGCGGGUGCAUUGUACAAGAGCAUGAGCGGACCACGUGCGAUAGCUGUGUAUGGGGCUGGUGGUGCUUUGCUUUCUGCGAUGAACGUGGCGGCGCAGGGCAUCAUCGGUCGCUAG